UCUGGCAAACGCUAGCGACUACGCUUUCCGGCGCACGGGCUGAGGCGGGAGGCAGCUGCUGUAGUUGGGAGCCUGUGUCGACGUGCAGCGGGGUCGUGUCUUAGACCGUGGUGCGUUGGUCGCGACGCGGCCAGUUAGGCUCAGCAUGCCCGGGGUGAAACUGACCACCCAGGCCUACUGCAAGAUGGUGCUACACGGCGCCAAGUACCCGCACUGCGCCGUCAAUGGGCUUCUAGUGGCCGAGAGGCAGAGGCCGCGCAAGGAGCAUCCUCCGGGCUCGGGCAACCACACUCUCUUCGUGGACUGCAUCCCGCUCUUCCACGGCACGCUGGCUCUGACGCCCAUGCUGGAGGUGGCGCUCACCCUGAUUGACUCGUGGUGUAAAGACAACAGCUAUGUGAUCGCUGGCUAUUACCAAGCUAAUGAGCGUGUGAAGGAUGCCAGUCCAAACCAGGUGGCAGAGAAGGUGGCCUCCAGGAUCGCAGAGGGCUUCAGUGAUGCUGCACUCAUCAUGGUGGACAAUGCCAAGUUCACGAUGGACUGCGCAGCGCCCACGAUCCACGUGUACGAGCAGCACGAGAACAGGUGGCGGUGCAGAGACCCACACCAUGACUACUGUGAAGAUUGGCCGGAGGCACAGAGGAUCUCAGCAUCACUCCUGGACAGCCGCUCCUAUGAAACACUCGUGGAUUUUGAUAAUCACCUGGAUGACAUUCGGAGCGACUGGACAAACCCUGAGAUCAACAAAGCAGUUCUGCACCUAUGCUAAACAAGAACCACGGCUGGAGACCACACUACAGAGAAGAUGAAAGCAUAUUUUUAGCCCAAAAGGAAGCUGCAAGUCUGAUGUGUGCCUUGGAAGGGGUGCAGUUGGCAUCCUUCAGGGCGGGGCUGUGGAGAGCUGGGGGCCGCCUAGGCUUUGGGUUCUUAGUCCUAUACUGCCCAAGCCUGCCCAUCAAAGCUCUUUCUGCUUGUCCCAGGUCAUUCCCAUUAAACAGUUCUAUCUAGCCUUUCAUAAUCCUGA